UUCAAACACAAACCUAAGAGGAUACUAUUCUCACAUUGCAAUCACCAUGGCAUUGUCCAAUGCACCUUCAAAUGCCUCUUUGCCUCAACAGAAAGCUCACCUGCCGAACCCAUUUGAUCUUAAUGACUCUCAGAUCCUUGACAAAGUUUAUCUUACCCACCUCAGUGAUGAUGAAAUUUGCGACACCAAGAUCCUUUUCGAUCUUGUGUCCAACAUUGUCCUUCCGAGUCAAUCCCAGAUUCCCGUAAUCAGUUACAAACCAGAAUUCACUACAUUGAAACUGAUUUCUUGUCAGAUGAUAUCCACACCUAGUGCUGCGCAUUGCGUCCACCAAACAACACUCUGGAUUCUUCAACACCUCAGAUGCUACUCAUGGGAUGCAAAAGCACUAAUAACCAUAGCUGCCUUUUCUUUGGAGUAUGGGAACUUUAUUCACCUUUAUCGGUUUACAACAACGGAUGUACUUGGAAACUCAUUGAAACAGCUGAAUCAAGUUCAAACCAGAAAAAUAUCUGCUGAUCUUACCGAAUUGGUCACAUACAUAGUGCAAGUGUUUCAGCACAUUAAAGAGUGGGCAACGUGGUCUGCUGAAGGUUAUGAUCCAGAGGAUGUGCCUGCAUUGACAGAAGCUUUCCAAGAGAUCCCUGUUGUUGUAUACUGGACGAUUGCUGCCAUUGUUGCUUCUACCGGCAACCUCGUUGGUGUAUCGACAUAUAAAUUGUCAGAGUACAAAGACAGGCUUUUUGCUGUUGUAAAGAAUUUCACAAGGCAUCUAGCAUAUUGCAAAGAGCAAAUAGGCUAUGUAGACGAUUACUGGAACCGCAGGAAAAUCUUUGAUAAACCUAAAGAUAUUGUGGACUGUUUGAAGGCUCUGAUCUACCGAAAUGGAACUCAGAAUGCCCUGAUAUUUGAAGGGAGCUUCCUAAUUAAAUUGGGUAUUGAAGUGUUGAGGCAGAAACACGUGUUACUGUUCAUUUCGGGCCUGGACAGCGUGGGAGAUGAGAUAUUGCUUUUGAAUUCAAUCUAUGACAGGUUGCAAGAAAAUCCAAAAGAAGCAAAAGGUUUCAGGAAAGAAGAUUUCAAGAUUUUGUGGGUCCCCAUUGUGGCCGGGUGGGACGAUGUCCGAAAGGAACAAUUCAAGACUUUGAAAAGGGGCAUCAAGUUUUACGUUGUGGAGUAUUUCCUUGACUUACCGGGCCACAAGAUAAUAACAGAUCCAGAAAGAUUGAAUUACGUUGGCAAGCCCAUUAUCCCACUGUUCAGCCCCCAAGGUACCAUAUUGAAUGAAAACGCCAUGGACGUUAUCUUUCAGUGGGGUAUAGACGCUUUCCCUUUCAGGAAAAGUGAUGGUAUUGAGCUUAAUCUAAAAUGGAAGUGGCUUUGGGAUUUACUCAAAAAAGCAACUCCUGGACUACAGGUGAGAGAGGACAGGUACAUCUUUAUCUAUGGAGGUGCUAAUACUAAGUGGAUCCAAGAUUUCACACUCGAAAUGGAAAAAAUAAAAAGGAACGAGACUAUAAAGCGUGCAGAUGUGAUAAUAGAUCAUUAUCAGUUGGGGAAGGAUGAAUCGAACCGUGUUCCUAGUUUCUGGAUUGGCGUAGAGAGGAAGAAACAGAACAAGAGGCAUCAAGAAACAGUGGACUGUGAGAUUCAAGAAAUUGUGAAGAGCUUGUUUUGCCUCAAAAGGGACCCACAAGGGUGGGUUAUUCUCAGCAAAGGGUUUAACAUUAAGCUUCUUGGUCAUGGCGAGCCUGUUUAUCAGACUGUGGCAGAGUUUCAAAAUUGGAAAGACAAAGUGUUGGAGAAAGAGGGAUUUGACAUAGCCUUCAAAGAAUACUAUGAGGCUAAGGUGAAAGAGAUAUCUGCUCGUCAACCAUGUGAAAUUAUCAAUGUUGAUAACUAUACUUCAAAUGUCAUAGCUACCAUAACGUGCCCAAAUCCCACGUGUGGCCGUGUGAUGGAGGUCACAUCUGUUAAUUACAAGUGCUGCCAUCGUGAUGCUCCAAACGGUUUCAGUGUCUGAUUCAAGUUGAGGAACAAGUA